AUGGGCAGCCAGGGGACAGCACUGGCCUCUGGCUGGGCCAGAGCAGAGGCAGGAUCCCGGGCAAUUCAACUGCCCCAUUUCCAGCUCAAGGUGAUGCUGAAGAGACGCAAACAGCAGCAAGAGAGGCUGGGCCCAGGAACGUACAACAUCAGGGAUUUUCUGCAGGAGAAACAGCCUUCGAGCCUGAGAGGCAUCUGUGACACAAGGGAGCAGAGGUUCAGGGAAAGCCAGCGGGACUGCUUUCCUGGGCCUGGCACCUACGGCCCCCAGGGGAACCCCUACGCUCUCCUGGAGGAGAGGGACAAGCGCUCUCCCAGCACACAAGGGCUGAUGGACAGCAGGACAGAGAAAUGUGUCUUCCAGACAGCCACGGGCAGUGGUUUGGGACCUGGCACCUAUUCCCCAUGGAGCAGCACUAAGGAGCAGCUGCGACAGGCAGGCAGGUGCAUCCCCUGCCAGGUCUCCUCGAGGGACAAGCUGAAGCCUGCAGGUGGCCGGCGGCGCAAUGGCGAGCAGGGGGAAGGCACUGAGCUGCACGCUGGCACUGCCAAGGGGUUCCUGGAUGAGCUGAUGUCAAAGGAGAACAAGAAGAAAGGCUGCUUCAGUACACUGCCACGGAACCCAGGCUGCCCCACAGAAAGGAUCUUCUGGGCCACACUCAGCCAGUGCCCAAGGGAUGCGUAUGUGGUGGGGCCAGGCUCAUAUGAUCCAAAGCCCAUUGAGAGAUCAGCAGAAUUCAACCAGCCCCCGUUCUGGUCAUCUGCCAAGAGGUUUGACAGAAAGUCUGAACGCCUCUUCAUGGGGAAUGAGAAUGCUGUGGGUGUGGGCCGCUAUAAUGUCACCAGGCACGAAAAAUACCCUCGGAAGAUCAGAUACCAGUCCCUGUACCAGAGUGACACGCAGCGGUACCUGAGCAACUUGAAGCGGGAUGCCUACCUGCUCGAGCGGCUGAAGCCUGCUGCGAAAAACAAAUGGAGUCAUUUGAUUUCUGCUCCACGUUGUCCAGAUACCUGUGAAGAAAGCACUGCUGUUUUCCAAAUGUAAGAUGGUGCUGGAAAGCCUGAAUUGGCGAAUAAACCACAGACGGCUGACGAGAUGGUGUAACGUGAAUACUUGCAGUGUGCUGACAUGCAAGAGAUAGGAAACAAGUCUUGUUCUGUGGUAAUAAAACACCCUUCAGGCAUUCAUCAGUCUAACCUGCCUGCUGACUAAUUCAUUAUUUUCACCUUGGCCUUUAUGAAAAUGACACAGUGGAGAAGAGGAUGUCAGAUACAGAUACACUGACCACAGGAAGGUCUGCUGGCACGCAGCACUCAUUCAAUAUUAAGCAUUUCCUUCCCCAUCAGCUUGCACUACUCAUAGAACGUGCAGCUCUCUAUCUGUUCUGUGGUUGGUGGCAGUUAUCGUGACAAGCAGUGAAUGCCCCAAGGUCCACCACAGCUACUUGAAAGGAGAGCUGGUUCUGAGAAAGCAGCACCAUGGCAGCUGGGAGAGGUUUGGGAACUGUCUGUGUACCUGUCCUGCCAUCCUGGAGCAGUUAUGUGUGAGGAUCUUCAUUACAAGCUAUAGCACACAGCUUCACUUGAAUUAACAAUUCAAAUACUUACAAGCAGCUGGAGGGCAUUCGGGGGAAUUUAGUGUCAUCAUUCCAAAUUUUGUAGCAUAUUAAGGCCUAGAGGCAAUGAAGAAAGUGAAAUGAGCAGAAAGCUCUAUCAGCUGUAACAAAGGAUGGCCAUAAAACCAUAUCACAAGUAUGCUGGUUCACUUCACGUUAACCUUUACAAAGGCUCACACCAGUGUUUAGAUGGACUGGAAUAAUUAAAUUUAGGUGUAAUUACAUGUUAGUUGUGGCUGAUUAGGUAUGCUAAUUAAUCUGCAAUUACCCUUUGGUGGGAGAGAUAAUUGAACACAGGUAAAACUGUGGUAAUUUAAAGAAAUAGCGAUUAUUGUAAUAGAAAGGCAAGCAAAGGAAAAGAAGGUCUCUGAAGGGAGCAUUGGAAGAAGAUGUAAAAGCUGUGACCAAGCUGCAGGAGGGCUGGAAUACCUCCCUCCAAGCUUACAGAGUUCCUGUAAGGGCACUUCUCAAAGAAACUGAAGAUGGGGACGUGAAACUCUUCAGGCUGAAGAGGGCACUGCAUCUUCAUCCUCUCUUCUGUGGUUGGUCAUUCAAAGCAGGGAAUAGUUUUAACAGCAAGGAGAACUGUGAUAGGAGCUACAGCAGUUGAUGUGGAUAGAUAAAUUCAAAAUGCAGUUUUGCUCUCAUGGGCCAGAAAGUCACAGGGAAACAGUGAAGUGAAGGGAAAAAUCAGAAUAACUGGCAUUAUGAGGUUCUUAAUGAGGCAUAACGGAAGGGUAAAGGCUCAGCUAUAAGGCAUAUCAUGGGGCAGAGAUAAGAGUAGACUCAUGGCCUUCAAUGGCAUUUCCUUCAAAGCUGUAGGCAGAGUUAGACACCUCAUUUAACAUCACUGCAACGCCUCUGGCCUUUGAUCAAGGCAGCAGCUUUUCUC